AUGGAGGGGAAAGAGCUUGGCCAGUUUCAGAGACCUAAUGACUUCUCACCCCCUUUUCGCUUUGGGACGGUGCCCAAUGGCAGCACAGAGAGGAAUAUUCGCAAUAACUACGCGGAAAUGCAUGCCUACAUGGGGAAGUUCAACCAGAGGGAUGUGGAUGAUGCGUUGCUCUCCCUGAAAACAGGGAAACUGGAUGCCUUCAUCUAUGAUGCAGCAGUGCUCAACUACAUGGCAGGCAGAGAUGAAGGCUGCAAGCUGGUGACCAUUGGCAGUGGGAAAGUCUUUGCUUCCACUGGGUAUGGCAUUGCCAUCCAAAAAGAUUCUGGGUGGAAACGCCAGGUGGACCUUGCUAUCCUGCAACUUUUUGGAGAUGGGGAGAUGGAGGAGCUGGAAGCUCUCUGGCUCACUGGCAUUUGCCACAAUGAGAAGAACGAGGUCAUGAGCAGCCAGUUGGACAUUGAUAACAUGGCAGGAGUCUUCUACAUGUUGGGGGCAGCCAUGGCUCUCAGCCUUAUCACCUUCAUCUGUGAACACCUUUUCUAUUGGCAGUUCCGGCACUGCUUUAUGGGCGUCUGUUCCGGCAAGCCUGGCAUGGUCUUCUCCAUCAGCAGAGGUAUCUACAGCUGCAUCCAUGGAGUGGCUAUCGAGGAGCGUCAAUCCGUGAUGAAUUCCCCCACCGCGACCAUGAAUAACACCCACUCCAACAUCCUGCGCCUGCUCCGCACGGCCAAGAACAUGGCCAACCUGUCCGGGGUGAACGGCUCCCCGCAGAGCGCCCUGGACUUCAUCCGCCGCGAGUCCUCCGUCUACGACAUCUCCGAGCACCGCCGCAGCUUCACGCAUUCCGACUGCAAGUCCUACAACAACCCGCCCUGCGAGGAGAACCUCUUCAGCGACUACAUCAGCGAGGUGGAGAGGACUUUCGGCAACCUGCAGCUGAAGGACAGCAACGUGUACCAAGACCACUAUCACCACCACCACCGGCCCCACAGCAUCGGCAGCACCAGCUCCAUCGACGGGCUCUACGACUGCGACAACCCGCCCUUCACCGCCCAGCCGCGCUCCAUCAGCAAGAAGCCCCUGGACAUCGGCCUCCCCUCCUCCAAGCACAGCCAGCUCAGUGACCUGUACGGCAAGUUCUCCUUCAAGGGCGACCGCUACGGUGGCCACGAUGACCUGAUCCGCUCCGACGUGUCCGACAUCUCCACCCACACCGUCACCUACGGCAACAUCGAGGGCAACGCGGCCAAGAGGCGCAAGCAGCAGUACAAGGACAGCCUGAAGAAGCGGCCGGCCUCGGCCAAGUCCCGCCGGGAGUUCGACGAGAUCGAGCUGGCCUACCGCCGCCGGCCGCCCCGCUCCCCGGACCACAAGCGCUACUUCAGGGACAAGGAAGGGCUACGGGACUUCUACCUGGACCAGUUCCGCCCGAAGGAGAACUCGCCCCACUGGGAGCACGUGGACCUGACGGACAUCUACAAGGAGCGGAGCGACUCGGUCAGCGGAGGCGGGCCCUGUACCAACAGGUCUCACCUCAAACACGGGGCCGGGGACAAGCACGGUGUGGUCGGCGGGGUGCCGGCGCCCUGGGAGAAGAACCUGACCAACGUGGAGUGGGAGGACCGCUCCGGGGGCAACUUCUGCCGCAGCUGCCCCUCCAAGCUGCACAACUACUCCGCGUCGGUGGGAGGGCAGAACUCGGGGCGGCAGGCGUGCAUCCGCUGUGAGGCUUGCAAGAAAGCGGGCAACCUGUAUGACAUCAGCGAGGACAACUCCCUGCAGGAGCUGGACCAGCCGGCGGCCCCGGUGGCCGUGACGUCCAACGCCUCCACCACCAAGUACCCCCAGAGCCCGACCAACUCCAAGGCCCAGAAGAAGAACCGGAACAAGCUCCGCCGGCAGCACUCCUACGACACCUUCGUGGAUCUGCAGAAGGAAGAAGCCGCCUUGGCCCCGCGCAGUGUGAGCCUGAAAGACAAGGGCCGGUUCGUGGAUGGGAGUCCCUACGCCCACAUGUUUGAGAUGCCAGCUGGCGAGAGCACCUUUGCCAACAACAAGUCCUCAGUGCCCACUGCCGGACACCACCACAACAACCCCGGCGGCGGCUACAUGCUCAGCAAGUCGCUCUACCCUGACCGGGUCACGCAAAACCCAUUCAUCCCCACUUUUGGGGACGACCAGUGCUUGCUCCAUGGCAGCAAAUCCUACUUCUUCAGGCAGCCCUCGGUGCCAGGGGCGCCAAAAGCCAGGCCGGACUUCCGCGCCCUUGUCACCACCAAGCCAGUGGUCUCGGCCCUUCAUGGGGCUGUGCCAGGCCGUUUCCAGAAAGACAUCUGUAUAGGGAACCAGUCCAACCCCUGUGUGCCUAACAACAAAAACCCCAGGGCUUUCAAUGGCUCCAGCAAUGGUCAUGUUUAUGAGAAACUUUCUAGUAUUGAGUCUGAUGUCUGAGUGAGGAAAGAGAGAGGUUAAGAAUCAUCACAGAGAGUUUCUGGCAUUGUUCCAUACUUCUAAACAUAAUUGCUGGUGUAAGUCGGAGGGUGAGGACUCCUGAAGAGAACUGAAGGUGGAAAGCAGAGUAGUAUUUCACAUAGCCUUGA